UGUGAUUGGUGCACUGCUGUAGUCGUCGAUGAGUCUCUCGAUGUUCUCUCACGCACAAUAUCAGAAACGAAAUGGCUGAAGAAAAUGUUGAGCAAACUUCUGGAAUUCUUCAGGAAAUUUUCACUUCGCCUCUGAACAUUAGCUUGCUAUGUCUUUGUUUGUUCCUGUUGUACAAAAUCGUCCGUGGAGACAAGCCUGCAGACUUUGGCCCGGUUGAGGAGCCAUUGCCUAAACUAAAGAAAAGAGAUUUCACUUUAGCAGAACUGCAAGAGUACGAUGGACUGAAAAACCCAAGAAUCCUCAUGGCUGUCAACGGGAAAGUGUUUGAUGUUACAAGAGGGAAGAAGUUCUACGGACCAGAGGGCCCUUACGGGGUCUUCGCAGGCAAGGAUGCAUCCAGAGGACUGGCCACGUUCUGUUUGGAGAAGGAGGCCUUGAAAGAAACUCAUGAUGAUCUUUCAGAUCUCAAUGCUAUGCAGCAGGAGAGCCUGAGCGAGUGGGAGACCCAGUUCACACAGAAAUAUGAUUACAUUGGGAAGCUUCUUAAACCUGGAGAAGAACCAACAGAGUACACAGAUGAUGAGGAAGUCAAGGACAAAAAGAAGGAUUAGAACAUGGAGAACAUGGAUCCAAACCUAGCUCUUCCAUCUGUGCUUAAAUUACCUAGAUUUGUUGCAGUCAAACUUGCCUUUUUGUCUGAACCUCUCUGUCAUUUAAUGUGACUUUAAUUAGCACGUCAUAUGUUUAUAAAUAAUUUCAUUUCUCUGUAUUCCUAAACCUAAUGUAGCAUAUGUUAUAUAUACAGCAACUGUGACUCAUAAUCAUGUCAUUUGAAGAAUUCUUGGGGGUAAAUAUAUUCUUCAGGAAUAUAUGGUUGCUGUAAAUAUGGGACACAAUUUCUCACUAGAUUUUUAUCUAACCAGAGAACAUUGCAUUGCAAACCAAAUGCAUAUAUAAACAUCAAGACACACUAUAAUACUUUUAAAUGAGCGUCCUAUUAAAAGACAGUGGAAAUCUCAUUCAAGGGUAUGUGUCAGAUCAGUUUCCUUGAUAUAGAUUAAGACUAGACCCAUACUAAAUAGGGUUUUCAAGCAAACUCCUCACAUGCUCUUAUCAUCGUCUUGUUAUCGUCUUAUCAUCUGCUCAAGACAUUUGUAGAUUAGGUUCACGCAACAUUCCAAGAGAUUAUGAUUUAUAAAGACAAGUAUUUGCAAAACACCUUUUUUUGUUCAUAAUAUUCAUUAUUAAAUAAUAUGAUUUAUUAUCAUUGUGCAUUAUUGAAUUAUUUUUUUAGAGCUCUAUGUUGGUUCAAAGUAUAUGUGAAUGUUGCUAAUUACUGGUGAUGUGUACCUGAUAAGUGUCAUUGAACAAAGCAUUUAAACAGCUCCAGCUGAACUGUCCCUGUAUAAGUUAACUCUAUAAAACCUACUGUAUCAUAUUUGAUAUGUGCAUUUCUAAGGCCUAAUUAUCAACAUGUUCAAACCUUUGUUGAAAAAAAUGUUGCACACAAUCUCCUACAUGCCUUCUGUCACCUAAUUGAUAGUUUAUACUUUUUUUUUUGCCUAGUAAAAUGCUUUUAAGUAUAAUUCUAAAAACAUCCCCUUUCAGGUGGUAUGUGUUUUUUGCUGUGAAAACAUUGAAUUUUUUUUAAAAUAUAAAAUAAUAAUUAAAUAAUAAAAUAUUUUUUUUGUUAUUAAUGUUUCAAGAUGAACAUUUACUGGACUGAAGCAACUUUAGGUUUACUUUUUUUUUUUUUUGGAAAUCAUGUUAAAAUUUAAAUACAUUUCUGAGGAAUGUUUAUUUGUAGUUCUCUCAAUCAUCAUUCCUUUGCACUGCAUUAUGUUUUGCCCCAUGCAAUAAAAACUAGAGACCUUUCAUAAUACUAAGCAUUAAUAAAAAUCCUCUUACUAAGAUGUUAUUGGGAGGUAUAGAGUGACAA